GUGCACAUGGUUUUAAAAUCGUAGUAGCCUAAUAAUUAACUACCAAACGUUGUAAUUAGACUACCAAUCAUCACCAAACGAUUGUCUUUCAAUUAAGAAAAAUUUGAACAUGAACAUUGAACAUGAACAUUGAAAAUUUGUAAUAUCGGGAAUGGGAGAUAUACACUUAGGGCAUCAGACUCACGAGAGGGCACUGAAAACUGUAUACGCAAAAAUACAUUACGCUCUUAUGAGACCUUCCACUCUAUCUAAUUCUCUUUGGUUCUAAGAAGUUCGUUGUUCGUUGUCGCCCGCGGACGGGAACGGACGUGUUCAGACACGUUAUGCGUGUACCCUUUGGAUUUUAUUUUUGAGUUUUAUCUUCCCCUUCUAAAGAGGAAUUCUUUCUAAUUAUUCACUUAACCGUUCUCACCUGGCCGAGUGGUGGGUAAUUACCUAACCAGUGCCAAUCAAACGAAGAAGAAGAAGAAGUAUAUAUGUUCUAAGGAUGGCAUUGUCCGCGAAGCGCGAUGAUAUAAAGCAAGUGCCGUGGUUUUCUCUAACGGAAUGGCAUGAUGUGUAUAAACAAAUUUACUCCAAUGAUGUGACUGAGCAAAUGAAAGCAUAUGAAGCACUUUUAGCAUGGAAAGCCAGGAUGCCGAAAUUACCGGUAGGUGUGGACUGCACCUUAUCGAUUUUGCAAGUGUGCCUUCGUGAUCGUGAAUGGACAUCCAAGAUUGACAGUGGCGAGCUGCCAAUGUACUGCGAGAAUGAUUUGAGUUUAAUGUACUCGACUACCAUCAUGAGAUUCUUGAAUCAUUUUUGCAAUAUAGGGCACACGAAACAGACAUCCCUAUUUCAGAUUGCCAAGCAACUCAGAAUUCCAGAGUGGAUAGUUAAUUUAAGGCAUCAAGCUGCUCACGGAUAUGAAUUACCUUCUAUUGGAGUAUUAAGGAUAGCGAUUAAUAUAUUACUCCAUUGGUUACAUGAUGAAUAUUGGGCAGCAGAAGCAUGUGCGAUAGAAAGAUGUUAUAUGGAAGAAGCUAAUAUGUUAGAAAAAAAAGAAGAUCUCGAAGAGAUACAGGCCUUUACAGAGUUAAUUGAACUUUGGACAGCUGUUAGUUUAUAUAUUGAUGCUGGUUAUAAAUUAGUGUCAAAUUUACCAGAGGUACAAUUACGGGAAAUAUUGCAAGAUUUACGGACGUAUAUGUUGUCCCAGUAUUGUGGUAAAACUUUACAAAAUGAUGAGAACGAAUAUAUAUCCAUUCAUGGAAAAACUAUAAAGAUUGAUAAGGAAUACAAUUUAAAAGCUGCGCAAGCUCUACUUUUAUCUGAAAUAUCUAUGCAUUUGACUGAAAAUAAAUCUUUAAUCACGAUACGUAAAAAGAGUGACAUAAUUUGCAAUGUGUUGCUAAAGAAUGAAGCUUUUCUACCAAAUUCAGAUGUUAUGCAAGUUUUUCAACAAAAAGGAAGAAAGAAUAUUGAUUUGAAAAGAAAGAUUUUGCCACCCGGUAUGCUUCGAUUUUGGAAAGAUAUCAUUUUCUUGCUGCAUAACAAAAAGAUAUUAGACAUACUGAUGUUUAAGCUGCUCAGUAUCAUAAAUCAAGAACAAGAAAGUAAGGAAAAAAGAAUUCUCGCUACCUUAUGGAUAAGCUCUAUCGCCUACAGUUUUAUUCAACUAGAUCUGGCCCAAAAUAUUUCUCGUACUAUGGAAUAUAAACCAACAAAGGAGGGCACAAAAGUAGCUGCAAAGUCAGCUCUAAAUCAGCAUCUCAAAGAGCUUGUACAUCAUAGUCAUCCAUAUUUGCGGAAUGUUUUGUGGUUGAAUAUAUCGAGCACCAUACCGCAUUUUCUUAUUGAUAUAAAUUUUUUAUCAAAACUUUUAUUACACGUAAAUGAAUUCUCUGCGAGAUUGACAGAACCAAUUUUAAAAUUUGUCUCACCGAGACUAAAUGUGCAGGCAAAAAAACAUUUGUUAAAUUUACUUAAAAUUUAUACAUUCCAAAAGUAUAAUGAUGAAGACAGCAAGAAUGAUAUCUAUGGACGGAAAAUAUUUACCGUUGAAGAUUUUGAUGUAAGUUUAACAAGAAAUAAAGCAAAAAUAUACAAGAAAGAGGGUGCAACUAAAAAGAAAACUGCUUACUUAUUAACCGAUCAAAUAAUGCGCAAUUUACAUUGGAAGCCAGCAUCUGACACUCUUCUAUCUUAUCAAUGGUUCGAGUGCCCCAUUGGAUUACUACCAUGGCAGAUGGAUUCGUUAAAAAGUUUAGAACCACUUGAAGUAAAUCCAUUAAAACACUCAGUUUCAAUCCUGGACUCGCAAAUAAUUGCCGGCAUUAUAAAUCGUAAAAGUUUGAAAAUGAAAAGCCGUAUCAAGUGGGAAAAUAUAUUGCGAAAAAAAAGGAGGAUAGAGAAAAAACGUGACAAGAGUAUCGCAGACGUUAUAAUGACUAGAGCAUUAGAAAUCAUCAAAAAAAGAGACACAAUGUGAACGCGUAAACAUUUUAUAGUAGAAUAUUAUCGUUUAUCACAAAUUGUUUGCAUUUCAACCAAUGUAUAAGUUAAUGUACAUACUUAUAAUAAAAUUGAUUAAAAAAUAAAUCCAUCCCUUUGUAGAACAUGCUUAUAUUAUAAAUAUAUAAAUGUAAAGUUUUAUAAAUAUCAAGUUU